AGAUAGCUUAACUCUGUGUUAGGCUUUGGAUAUUGGUAAAAGGUGUUACAGCAAGUUCAUGUAGGAGCAACAAAGUGAUCAAAGACCUUGUUUAUUAAGUUCUUAUGUAGAAAACAAAGUCACUGGAAUUAGUUCUGUUAUAUAUUGUGAGGAAACAGCUAUUACUGGUAUUUAUUCAUAAAGCAACACAGAAAUUAGCUGUACACAAGGCACAGAAUGAAUACCGUACCUGCCUAGAAGAGCUCACAACCUGGAAGUCAAAAGGAAGAAGAUAAUGAUUGCAUUGAGAAACCCAGAGCAAGGGUUAAUUACUAACUUGAGAGAGUGGAGUCACACCAGGGUUAAGUUUGACCCUGUAACUUAUAAAUCAUAUGAUAGUGAAGAUUACUACAUAUACAGACACAGAAUUCAGAGCUAAAAUAGAGAUAACAGGUAUGACUUAUUACCAGAAAAGCAACAGUACCAUUCUCAGAACUAAGAAAAACAUUUUUUUAGAAUCUACAGAGAGGAAAUGAUGCAAACACAAUUCAGCUUUAAUACCUGUAAGCAACACAUGAGCUUGUUUAGCCUGUGUUUUCUUCGCUGUUGAAGAGCAUUGUGUUGUAUAUGUACUUUGUGUUCUAAGCUGCUAAUUGUAAAACCUACAGAUACACAGAGCUAGAGGGGAUGAUCAAGAACCAAGCCAAAGCAAAACUGUGUAUAUCAUCUCACUGAAAAAACUCUCAACCCAACUCUUAAUGUAGUAUAAUAUUAAAAUGAACACUAGCUCUUUAAGAGGUUGUCCAAACAUUGUCUCCAGUUACUAGUUAUCCUAACAGUGAGUGGUUAAGUGGGCUGUCAUUCUGAGUGACAUCACUGAAUAACAUCCAUUCCUAAUCCAGUGAUCCACCUGGGAUCUGGGUGAGACUGUGAUAGGGUGCAAAAUAAGGUAGUUUCAGAAAGCUUCCCUCUAUUUGCACAAGUAGUUGGCUGAAGCAAUGCAGUCCUUGGACUCAGAGAAAGGCUUAAUCAAAUUCAGCCAUUGUAAGAAGGACAUAUUUUGUUCCUAUGUGCCCAAGCUGUGCCCUGUUUGUGGGCAGAGUUUAAACUACAGGAGACUGGAAGAUGCACCUGUCAGCAUUCCUAGCCCAUUUGUCAAUGGGCAUAGGCAGAAAUGUUCAUUUUUACUUAAACCUACUACAGGAACAUUUCUCAGAGAGUAUGAUGGAAGCUCUGAUCUCCAUGUCGGAAUAUCCAACACUAAUGGGUUGGUGUAUAAUUACAAUGAAACAGGCAUUCACAGAGUUGAACUUGGGUGGGAGCAAUGCAUUAGUAUCCCACUAGUGCAGCCAGACAUGUACGGACUGCUUCAACAAUGGGAUAAGUACCUAGAAGAAUUCUCUACUGGAGAGGCCUGGCUUUUUCACAGGUAUGAUGAACACUACCACAAUUGUUAUACCUAUGCACUGGCAUUUAUUAACUGUGUUUUGACUGCACAAGGUAAGAAGCCAAUGAGUAAAAGUGAAUUCACAGGAAGAUUUGUGAUACCACAGACAAGGAAAGCUUCCAAGUAUAUCACUGUCUACUGGGAGAUAGCCAAAAAUUACUUCUACAUUGGUGACAGCCCUGAUCAAGAACAGAACAAUUCUGAAGAGGACAAAUUGUUACAUUAAAACACACAUGCAAUGCAGUGAAAACAAAUCCCUAAAUAGGAAAUCUUUGGGUCCAAGCUUCAGUUCUCCCUCUAUAUACCGGACGUUCCUUCCUGCAAUAUUUGAAAACUAACAGUAGAACUCUGAUGUGUCUGACACAGAUGUGUGUGUGUGUAUAUAUAAUCUUACGAGACAUUAACAUGACACAAGAAGGAAAAGACUUGUAUGAGAGUUUUCUGGGAGUUUUUAAAUUUUGCAGCCUGCAGCUAGCUAACUUUCUUGAGUACUAUCACAUGGGAAAUUAUAUGUGUUCCUGUUUGCUAUAUCACACUAAAAGUUGUAUGAGUGCAGUCAUGUUUUGUAGUAGACAAUGUAAGUGUUGUUAAUUAAAAUAACAAAUGUAGAUUACCUUUUGACUAGGGUCAGAAAAACAAAGUUUGCGACAGAAAAACCAACGGUGACCUUGUUCACUUUUCUCCACUAAAACACUACUUGAAUUAAGAAAGCACUGCAAUUACUGGUCACAUGCACUAUCUUCCUCACUUGCAAUAUUCACUUUGUACCUACUUCAGGCAUUUGAAUAAGUUUUAACUUUACCAGUAAGUGGCACUGUUCCUUCAGUUCCUUGCAAAACUAUAGUACUAUCAUAGUAAAUGCUACAUUGUACCUCCAUAUUUUUACUUGCAAAAAUAAAUAGCUUGAGUAAAAACUAUACUCCUCUCUCUCUCCCUAGAAGGGCUAUUGUCCAGUAAAGUAUCUGCAAGUAUUCUGUACUUUACUGGAAAAAUUUUAUACUAGCCAACAGGUUUUGCAGGGUGUUGUGUCCAUAACUAGCAGUGGACUCGUCAGAAUGUCCCCCAACAAGAAAUUAAAGGAUUUGAAAAGACUGAACAGCAGUUUUACAGAUAGAGCAUGAUUGCAGAAACAGACCUGUUAUGGGCCAACUUCUGCUAGUUUUCACUGUUCUAAACCCUGAAUAACUUCACUGGAGUUAAUCCAGAUAGACAUCAGUGUAACAGAGCAGAGUGCGGCCCUAUUUCUCCUAGUAGUUUUUGCAAAAGCUCAGCCAGAGUUAGUAAGAAUCCAAGUUCUGUUUUCUCCAGGGUUCUAAUAAAUGGUUCUUAAUUUUGUCCCACCUCUAAUUUAUACCUUUGCAUAAAUGUUAUAGUAAGUAUAAAAACCAAGAGCAUUCUUUAACAUCUUAUACUACACAUUUCUAUUUAUUUCUUAAUGCCGUAAAUGCCUUCUGCCAUUGUUUACUAUAUUUUAAAAUUGUAUUUAACAUCAAGCACUCCAAAAAUAAAAAAUCAUAACACUACAAGAAGUUCUCAUUAGGGUGAAAUUCAUUCCUGUUCAGAGGAUAAGCACAAACCCACUGUACUACUUAAUCCCUAUUUUGAGAGUUCAAAUGGAACUUAAAUUGUGCAGGGGCCUUGAGAUGUGUUUCUGCUUAAGGGUGAAUUUCUGAUUGGCUCAGAACAAGGACCUUCUGUGCUUUUACCAAUCGGAAUACACUUUGUGAAUGAAAAUAAAUAUAUGGCAAGUUUUAGUCUCUCUGGUUAUGCACUUUGAAAAUAAAUAUUUUGGUGCAAUAGCA